GGUUCUUUAAGUAUUUUAUUGUAACUUGAAUAGCUGCGUAUAAAUAGGAAUUUUAAUAAUAGGAACUUAGAAAUUACUUAAUAGAAAUAGGAACUUAUCAUAUUAAACAUGCCGUACACAGAAAGCUUGACUUUAAAUACAGGGGCAAAAAUGCCUUUGUUGGGAUUCGGAACGUGGCAGACACCAAAGGAAGAAAUCAAAAAGUGUGUUGAACUCGCCAUCGAUGAGGGUUAUCGUCAUAUAGACGGUGCUUGGGUUUAUCAAAACGAAGAAGGAAUCGGAGAGGCAGUUGAAGCAAAGAUUAAAGAAGGAAUAAUAAAACGUGAAGAUAUUUUCAUUACGAGUAAGCUUUGGAGCACAUUUCACGAGGCUGAUGACGUCAGAGAAUCUCUCCUUGAAACACUUAGCUUGUUGAAAACUGAUUACGUUGACUUGUACCUUAUGCACUGGCCAUGGUCUAUGAAGAAAGUUGGAAAAGAGAUUUUACCGAAGGACGAAAACGGCAAAUUCCUCUACACCGAUGUGGAUUACGUAGAUGCUUGGAAGGCCAUGGAGUCCGUGUGCAAAGAAGGUUUGGCAAAAAACAUCGGCGUUUCAAACUUCAAUGAGUUUCAAGUUAGUCGGCUGUUGAAGGAAUGUACAGUUGUACCAGCUGUCAAUCAAAUGGAAGUACAUCCAUAUCUGGCUGAUACGAAGAGAAUUGAAUUCUUUCAGUCGAAAGGAAUUCGAGUUACAGCAUACAGUCCCCUUGGAUCUGCUCAACGGCCUUGGGGGAAACCUGAAGAACCGGUGGUUUUAAAUGAUCCAACGUUAAACUCUGUAGCGAAAAGGCUUGGUAAAACAGCGGCCCAAGUCGCACUGCGGUUUCAAAUCCAGCGUGACGUCAUUGUGAUUCCUAAAAGUGUUAAACCACACCGAAUCAGAGAGAAUGCUCAAAUAUUUGAUUUCAAACUUUCUGAUGACGACAUGAAAUUAAUUGCUGGCGUUGACAAGAAUUGGAGAGCUUGUGGAAUGGAUAUAACGAAUGAUGCUAAGUACUGGCCGUUUCGUCCAAACUACACAGAAUAAACUGACAUUUCGACAUCGAUCGUAGAAAGUCAAUGAUUUCAAACAGAACUGUCAAUUUAAGAAACUUUUAAGUUUUCCUGUGCGAUGGUUGCUCAUGCGAAUUUUAAUGUAUAGCUGAAAAAUGUGUAAUUCGAGAGUAAUUAAAAUGAAGAAAAAAAAAAGAGAAAAAAAAUAUCCAGUAGUACCUGUUUUACGUAAA